AUGCCAUCCGUGAAGAAGUGGUUGGACGAUGUGAAUGCAAUCCUAGAAGAGGUGCAAAAGUUGCAACAAGAGCUUGAAGGAGGACCAAACAAGUGUUUUAAUGUGUCACUCAGAUAUUCUUUAGCAAAACGAAUGGAAAAUAAGGCUAAGCAAAUGACAGAUCUCAAACAAAAUUCCAGCUUUGAGCCAUUUUCCCAACUGAUCCAACUUCCUGGCAUUACUUACUUCUCUUCCAAAGAGUUUAUGGCUUUCAACUCAAGGAAAUCAACUUAUAAUCGUCUUUUGGAGGCAAUUAUAAAUGGCAAAAACAAGAUGGUGGGACUAUAUGGUAUAGGGGGCUCAGGCAAAACCACUUUGGCAAAAGAAGUGGGCAAGAAAGUGGAUGAGUUGAAGCUUUUUGACAAGGUCAUCAUGGUAGUUGUUUCUAAACCCCUAAAUAUUAUGAACAUUCAGCAGGAAAUAGCAGGGCAAAUAGGCUUACAACUUCAAGAGCCAACUCAACUUACUAAAGCACAAAGGCUAUCAGAAGGAUUGAAAAAUAAGAAGAUUCUUAUAAUCCUGGAUGAUGUGUGGAGCAAACUAAAGCUUGAAGAUAUUGGAAUUCCAACCACUGGAGGUUGUCAUAUCUUGUUGACCACUCGCCUUCGAUAUGUAUGCGUCUCUAUGGAUUGUGAGAGUAAAAUUGAGUUGUUACUCUUAACAGAGGAAGAGGCAUGGGCUUUGUUCAAGAUGCAUGCUAACACAACUAGUGUGUCAACGAAUGAGUUUGAUAGCAUCGGAAGGAAGAUUGUUGAUGAGUGUAAGGGUUUGCCUAUAGCAAUUGUAACAGUUGGAAGCACAUUAAAAGAAAAGAGUAUUCAUACGUGGAGAUCAACAUUAGAAAGGCUACGACAUCCCCCACCACUGGAUAUUGAAGAUGAUUUGAAGACCCCUUAUGUAACUCUCAAAGUAAGUUAUGAUAAUUUGUCGAGUCCGCUAGCUAAGUCACUCUUCAUAUUGUGCUCUAUGUUUCCUGAGGAUCAUGAAAUCCAUAUAGAGGAUUUAAUUCGUUUUGGCAAAGGGACUCUUAAGCUUGGUGAAAGAAUUUACACAAUGGAGAAAACAAGGGAUAGGGUUUUAGCCAACAUUGAGAAAUUGUUAGAUUCUUGUUUGUUAAUGUAUACCAGUAAGCAGGCACAUGUAAAAUUGCAUGAUGUGGUUCGAGAUGUAGCCUUGUGGACUGCAAAGGAGAAGUGUCAAGAAGUUCUGGUGGACAACCAAGAAAUUUCAGAGAUGUUAAUUGGUAAAUACCAAAGUUUGGAAGAUACAAAGGCAGUGUCAUUGUGGAAUUUGGAUAAGCAUCUAGAGCUCUCUAAACAAUUGCAUUUUCCAAAACUUGAGAUUCUACUACUUCAACCAUAUGGGUUCAUUCGAGAUAUUGAAGCAAUGGAGUCACUCAAAGUCUUGGCACUCGUAAGACAUGGAUUUGAGUGGGAAUUGCGGAGGCGGGAUCUAAAUUUUUGUUUAAUUCCACAAUCAAUUGUAUCAUUAACUAAUCUUCACACCUUAUGCCUUAGGGGGAAAAUUUUGGGGGACGUAUCUCUUUUGGGUGAACUUAAAGGAUUGGAGAUUCUUGACUUACGUGGUUCUCUAUUUGAUGAAUUACCUAUUGGAAUUGUAGAUAUGAAAAUGCUGAAACUUUUGGAUAUAUUUGGUUGUCAAAUUGAGAAAAGCCCUUUAGAAGUAAUUGGAAGAUGUGAGCAGCUUGAAGAAUUAUACUUUUGGGACCACAAAUCUGUCAUCCUCGAAAUUCUCUCUCUGUCAAAUUUGAAGAGUCUUGAACAAGUGUUUCAAGAUUCAUCUAUUGGCUGCUCUCUCCCCAUGUUACAAGAGCUAUGGAUAUGGAGUUGUCCUGAAUUGAGAAUUUGUAUCUUCUCACAUGCCACCAUUACGAGCCUGCCAAAGCUGAGAAAACUUCAUAUUGGCAACUAUGACAAAGUGAAAUGGCUACUGUCUUGUUCCCUAGCUUCUUAUUGUCCUUUACUGAAGGAAAUAAUUAUAAGCCAUUGCUCUGAAUUUGAGAGGCUCAUUGAUGAAAAAGCUGCACAUGGGGAUCCACUACUUCAUGAUAAGCAAUAUUAUCCAUAUGGAAAGGAAACUGACAGUGCUUAUGUAGGCGUUAUAGCAAAAAGAUUCAAUCAGUUGCAAAAUGAGCAAUCCUUGAUCCUUUUUCUAAGAUUGAAAAGUCUACAAAUUGUAAGGAGUGGAAAAAAGAAAGAGGAUAUAAGUAUAUCCAGUUGCUCUGAAUUUGAGGGGCUGAUUGAUGAAGAAGCUGCACAUGGGGAUCCACUAGUUCAUGAUAUGCAAGAUCAUCCACAGCAACCUUUGAUCCGAAAUUGUUCUGAACUUGAGAGGCUUGCUGAAGAAGCAUCAUAUGGGGAUCGGCUACCACUUCUCAAACUGAAGUACUUAAGCUUGCGACACGAGCAGCUCACUCCUUCUCCAUCAAAGAAAGAAUUCCCCUAUGGAUUCCGUUACAGAACCCCUUCAUCUCCUUCCCCUUCAAACGCCGAGCUAGAAUCCCAGAGUCUGUUUCUAUGA